UCGUCUCCUGGUUCCGGGGCGCAGGCGCAGUGCAGGGCCUCCGGUCAGCGGUAGGGCCAUGCGUUGCGGGCAAAUUGUAUUGUCGGUGUGGCUGUGCGUUCAGCUCGGCCUGUCCCACGGAAUCUACUUCCACAUCGGGGAAACUGAGAAAAAAUGCUUCAUCGAGGAGAUACCCGACGAGACAAUGGUGAUCGGUAAUUACCGGACUCAGCUGUGGGAUAAGCAGUCAGAAUCUUUUCUGCCCUCCACCCCAGGUUUGGGGAUGCAUGUGGAAGUGCGGGAUCCUGACUUCAAGGUUAUUCUGUCCCGACAGUAUGGCUCGGAGGGACGAUUUACCUUCACAUCGCAUACUCCCGGUGAACAUCAGAUCUGCCUGCACUCCAACUCCACAAAGAUGUCCUUGUUUGCAGGAGGCAAGCUGCGAGUUCACCUAGACAUCCAAGUGGGGGAACAUGCCAACAAUUACCCGGAAAUUGCUGCAAAGGAUAAGCUGACAGAACUGCAGCUGCGAGUCCGGCAGCUGUUGGACCAGGUUGAGCAAAUACAGAAAGAACAGAACUACCAGAGGUACAGGGAAGAGCGAUUCCGGCAGACGAGUGAAAGCACGAACCAACGAGUCCUGUGGUGGUCGAUUGCGCAGACAAUUAUCCUCAUCCUCACUGGCAUCUGGCAAAUGAAACACCUGAAGAGCUUCUUUGAGGCUAAGAAAUUGGUGUAGACACCUGUCAGGAAUAUGGCGACAGACUCAACCCUCAAUCCUCAGUGACUCGCUAUUUAAUGUAACUUUACAUAUGUUGUACUUGAAGCUCUUCUAGAAAUCAAUGGGGGUGAUCUUUGAUUAUGUAUCUUCUUAUUAUGGUAACUUGACUAAGGCUGUCAUGGAACAGUUCAUGCAAGGAUCCCAUGUAUUUGAAAAAAAGGUGUUACUUCAUAACUUAACUGGUCAUUGUUGAUCGAAGGUGGGAGUUGUUCCUUGCUUAUCAUGUGUUUCAGAUUUAUGAAAAGUCACAGCAAAUACUUCCAAAUAACUUGAUGAUUUCAAAGGGUCCUUCUUAUUUGCCAAGGUUUCAAAUAAUAUUGCCUGUGAGGAGGUUUCAAAGUGUUUAGCAUUCCUGGCAGAGAUUUGAGUUUUUGAUUGCAUCAUUCUGCAUUUGUCUGUGAGAGCCCAGUUAAUGUUCGUCUGUCCAGCUCAUAAAUUUUAUUUGCUGGGAGUCUGGCUAACUUCCCAUCAUUUCUUAUAAACUGACAAAGCUGCAGAAACAAAUGUCACACAGGUUUUUGUUUUAAAUGUAUUGAUGAAUCUAUAUUGAAGGGAAGAAACUUUUGCUGCCACUUUAUGAUAGGUAACCCUUGAACCCAUAUUUGUUUGUAGAAUUGUAGAACUCAGAACCACCUCUACCGAUGAUUCCUGGUCCCUCUUUCUGAGGAGAAUCGCAUGGUGAAGGCUUAGGCUCAGUGAUUAAUGAUUAGUGAUUAGCUCUGCCUGCUUUGGGAACUGUUAGUUUUGUGUGUUGAGUAAUGAGGGAUAUGGAAGGGAAUCCAUAGGUAUCUUCUCACACUUGAAGUGACCUUUCUUAUUUGAACAAAAGGGCCUGUUUAUUUUGUGCAAGGAUAUUAAAGCAAAGCCAAAGGGUCUUAUUUUAACUCCCAUGUACCUAUUAUAAGGUUUGGGGAUGUGGAAGGCUGGAGCUUUGUAUGGCAUUGACAGGAAAUGAAUGAUUCACCACUGAGACCUCCAUAGUGGCAGUCCUAUGAGAUUUUAAUCCUUGGGGCUCAGCUGCACAGACCAUGACUGUCUCAUCUGAAUUGGGAAUGUUAAAUGGGAUUAGACAGGCGGUCGCCACUUGGGACCCAAACUGAUGGUGCCUUACAAUGAGAUUGCAAGUUGGCUAGAUGGGGAUGGUUUGGUGUGGUAUAAUUAGGUAGAGAAAUAAGGCUGUUGUGGAGCAGUGGUGGUAUUCCUACCUCUGAGCCAAGAGGCCCACGUUCAAGUCCCAGCUUCUCAGAGGUGUGUAAAAACAUCUCUCUGAAUGAGUUGAUUAGGUAGAACAUAUCUAGGCUAGUGAUAGCGGGUGUCAGAGAGAAGGUAACAAUGAUACCUCCAAUGACUUCUUCCGGCCACAACUUCUCAUCUGACCUUGCCACGUUUCCUUCACCCAGUCUGUGGGUUAAAAUGCCAAUGAUACCCCAUGACAUCACCACUCUGCUAGUUUACAGGAAGUGAUGCUGUUGCUGUCUGCUGGGUGUUCAAACCAUGGGGAAAGCAGUUGGGUCACUCAGGCUGGUGGCUUGGCAAGUUUGUACUGCUUGUUAGCUCAGAUUCCACCAGGCAUACAAGAAUUAAAAUUAUCACUGAACCUUGUUCUUAAUUGCCUUAAGCAUAUUUAAUCAGAGCUCAGCUGUGAACAGCAUUGGUCAAGAAUUUCUCUGAAUUCUGUCGGUUGCCAGCAGCCCCUCUUCAGCACUUGCUGUGUACCAUUUCCUGCGUUGUCGCAGAUUGUGUAAGAUGGAGCUGUCAUAUUGAUGUUAUGUGAUACGUUGUGUUAAGAACCUGUGAUGUUUAGUGGAAUGAUGUCUGCUCAGACAGAGGACAUUGUGGCACUGAAAUAUAUUCAGGUGCCUGUGUCCUGAGAAUUUGCUGCUGGUUUUACUCAGCUGUGGUUAGUCCCAUCUCUUCUGUUCCCCUACACUGGGGCCCUUUUGACACAACCUGUUGCAUCAUUGGAAUAGGGAGUUAACAACACUUAAAAUAAAUGUCUUCAGUAAUAUUGUUUUGAAACAUAUGCCUGUGUACUUUAUUGAUUCAGAAAUACAUUUUUACGGUUUGUCUAUGCAUUUGGAGAAUCUUGCCUCAAAAUAAUAUUCUCAGUAUUAACUGAAAUUGAAUGCACUCAUGCAUUUUUGAUCUUUUCAAUGAAGAUGUUAAACUGUUUCAGGCAUUUGUUAACACCACCAAUAACAAUGAUUUCAAGGUUCAUAAGAAACCUCAAGACAGACAGAAGAUAGCAUUUUUUUUCUCCCAGGUAAGACUGAGGAAAUAUUUUAACACUACAGUUUGAUUUAGAAGUGGUGAAUUGUGUUCUUCUACCUCGGGAGAGUCCUCCAUUGCAACAGCUAAAGGUUCUAUCUCGAGGAAACAGCAGGACAGCACAUUUGAACAGAGCAAGGUUCGAAGCAUGAAUAUGUGACAGAGUUUCCUGUAUCAUGUGAUUUCUCACGGUGUUGGAGUUCAAACAAUAUCAACUCUGGGCCUCUAGAUUGGCCUCAACGCUUUCUGACUGCUGAUGGGUGGUUAUUACAGUUGGCACUGUCCUCAGGAUGUGAACCACCUGACUUUUCAUCUCUCCAAUGACCAAGUUAUGAAUUUCCAAAGUUCAGUGUUAAAACUGAACUGCUGAUAAUGUUUCAAAGACAUUUGUCAUGUUAUGAACCAGUAAUAAAAUGUUAUUUGAUGAA